AUGUCUUAUAUUUCCUUUACUUUCUCUGUUUCUUUCGUUCUUUUUUUAUUUGCAAUUUCUACUCAACUUCGUUACUUACGUUUCCCUUUUUCCGAUACUUUACUCACUGUUUUCUUAUUUCUUUCACUUCUGAGUUUUUCUUCCAUAUUUCAUGCUCCACUUUUCCUUCAUUUCUCCUCAGCUUUAUUCCUUCCAUCUUUCUUUCUUUUGCCAUUUUUGCGUUUUCUUUCCAGCUUUACUUUUUCUUUUUUCUUUUCUUUUUACCAUUUCUUUCAUUUCCUCUCUGCUGUAGACUUUCCCCUCUAUUUUAUACCUCCAUUUCCUUAUCUUUCUCUUAAGCCUUAUACUUUCUCUCUCUAUUUCUUUCCCGACUUCUUUCUCUCUCUAUCUUUCCAACUUCUUUCACUCUCAUUCUACUUUCCUGACUUCUUUCCCUCUCUCUCUUUCCCAACUUUUUCUCUCUCUUCUGACUUUUUCUUUUCCUCUCUCUCUCUCUCUCUUCCGACUUUUUCUCUCUCUCUCUCUUCCGACUUCUUCUCUCUCACUUUCCCGAGUUUUUCUCCCUCUCUUUCCCGACUUUUUUCUCUCUCUCUCUCUCUCUCUCUCUUUCCCGACUUUUUCUUUCUCUCUCUCUUUCUCUCUCUCUCUCUCUCUCUUUCCCGACUUUUUCUUUCUCUCUCUCUUUCUCUCUUUCCCGAUUUCCUCUCUCUCUCUUUCUCGACUUUUCUCUCACUCUCUCUCUUUCCCAACUUUCUUUCUCUCCCGACUUUCUCUCUCUCGCUUUCUCGAUUUCUCUCUCUCUUUUCUCCCGAUUUCUCUCUAUCUCUCAUUCUCCCGACUUUUCUCUCUCUCUCUCUCUCUCUCUCUAUAUAUAUAUAUAUAUAUAUAUAUAUAUAUAUAUAUAUAUAUAUAUAUAUUUCUCGCCUUCUCUCUUUCUCUCCUUUUUUCUCUCUCUUUCUCGCCUUCUUUCGCUGA